CCCAGCAGCUCACAGACGCUGUGUCGCCCGCAGCAAACUUUUCUUUAAGUUUUACAGAUCUGCGGUGGUUUGUUGUGGUCAGAUAAUGAAGGCUGUGGUGCUCCUGGCUGUUUUGAUGGCUGUUGUGUGUCAGGUCUGCGAUAGUAAACAGGUAAAGCAGAGAGAUCUAAACCCAGCGGCGCUGUAUCCAUGGCGACACAGGAGUGCAGGUACACAGGUCCGAGUGAAGAGAGACUGGAUCAUUCCACCCAUCAGAGUUUUGGAAAACAGCAAACAGGUCCCUGAAGAUCUGGUGCAGAUCAAAUCUGACAAGAUUUUCACCGGGGAGGUGAUAUACAUGUUGGAGGGUCCCGGGGUGGAUCAGGACCCCAAAGGCCUCUUUGAAAUCGAUGAUAAAACGGGAUGGAUCAAAAGUAAAAUGCCACUGGACAGAGAAAAACACAGGAGCUUUAAGCUCAAAGCCUUUGCACUUUCUCCGAGUGGAGAGAGAUUGGAGAGUCCCACCACCAUUGAGAUCUAUGUUCUAGAUCAGAAUGACAACAGACCUGUGUUUACACAGAAAGAGUUCAUCGGCACAAUCCCAGAAUUCUCUGUUCCAGGUACUUCAGUGAUGCAGGUGUCAGCAGUAGAUGCUGAUGAUCCAAUGACGGAUAACGCAGCUCUAAGUUACUCCGUCACUGGCCAGGAGACCGUCCCACCCAACAGCAUCAACAAGACCAUGUUUGGCAUCAACAACAAAACAGGAGUCAUCUACACACGAGACGUGGGGCUAGACCGAGACGUGGUGCAGUCUAUUAAGUUGACUCUGCAGGUGGCUGACAUGUCUGGAAUGGGUCUUGCCUCCAUCGGCCACGCCAUCAUUACUAUUUCUGACAUUAACAACCACGCUCCGAAAUUCCAGCCUGACCAGUAUAAAAUGUAUGCGCUGGAGAACAAGCACAUCGCGGAGGUGGGCAGGAUCAAUGCGACGGAUAAAGACCAGAGAGGUGGAGUGAACUGGAAAAUUAUUUACAAAAUCUCAAGCGGAGAUCCCGCAGGACACUUCGGUGUCCGUACAGACCCUGUGACCAACCAGGGCAUCAUUUCUGUGGUUAAGCCGCUCGACUUUGAGUCUCAGGUGGAGCAUCGGGUUACUGUCACAGCUGAAAAUCUGGUGAAUGUCAAAGGUCCGUACGAGCGAGUACAAAGCGCCACGGUCACAGUCACUGUGGUGAAUGAAAAUGAAGCCCCCAUCUUCUAUAAAAACCCCAUUAAAGUGUCUGUCGCUGAGUCUGCCAUUCCCAGUACAGUCCUCGCCUCAGACAUCGCACAUGAUCCGGAUAACGCCAAGCUACGGUAUGAAAUCAUUGAGGAUCCUGAGAACUGGCUUUUUAUCGACCACGCGACUGGACAGAUCUCAGUCAGAAGAACCUUCAACAUCCGCUCCCCACAUGUCAAGAACAACAUCUACUCGGCCAUCGUGAAGGUCAUAGAUCAGGAUGCUGAUGGGGUUUUCACGACAGCCACGCUGGAGGUCACUCUGUGGGAAACCAACGAUUACGCACCCGUCCUGAUCCCAUCCAGCGGGACGGUGUGCAGUGGUCAAGACAGAGAUAAACUGGGUCUCCUGCUCAGCGCUGUGGAUCAGGACAUGUCUCCUCAAUCUGACCCCUUCACUUUUUACAUAGUUGACCAAAACGUGGCCGUUAACUGGACCAUAAUAACUCUGAACGAGACGCACGCUAUUCUUCAGCCACUGAUCGACAUCGAGGGCGAAUUCUCCGUUCCCGUGGUCGUGUCAGACUCUGGCUCUCCUCCGCUCUCCUCGUCCUCUCUGGUUAAUGUCACUGUGUGUCCCUGCGAUAGUUUUGGAGACUGCAAGAGCUUCACAGCAGCCAUAUUUGGCACCAGAAUGGGCAUAAGCUUCAUUGCUCUGAUGCUCAUUAUGGGCAGCGUUGCUCUUCUGUUGUUGCUGCUUGUCCUGGCGGUGGCCGUGCGGGGCUGCAGGAGACAGAACAUGAAGAGAGAUGGUGGUCUGCUGGUCGGGGCGUCCGAUGAGGACAUCAGAGACAACGUCUUUCAUUACGAUGAGCAGGGAGGUGGAGAAGAGGAUGAGGAUGCAUUUAACAUUGACUUUCUGAGGAACCCGAGUGACGUGAUUCCUCCACCCGUCGGAUUUUUCCCUCAAAACCGCAGUUUGCCGAGAGGAAAACAACCUUUGAGGAAAGAUGCUCCACAUAACCUCCCCUCUCCGACAUAUCCACGCAAACCCGCAGGAGAACCGACAGACAUCGAGGAUUUUAUUAACGUUGGUCUUGACGCCGCAGAUGCCGACCCGAACGUCCCGCCCUACGACACGGCUCUGAUCUACGAUUUUGAGGGUGAUGGGUCCGUGGCAGGCAGUUUGAGCUCCAUCGCCUCCUCGAGUUCAGACGGCGAUCAGGACUACGAUUAUCUCAAUGACUGGGGACCUCGCUUCAAAAAACUGGCUAACAUGUAUGACCCACGUUAAAGACCUAACCUAACCCUAAUCGCCAUUCAACACAUUCAGAUCUUAUCACGCCCUACAAACCUUCACGUGAACUCUCUUCGUCUGCUUGAGGAGGUGCUGAUGGUGUUUGAUGUUUUUGUAAAAGGUCACCAGAGAAACUUCACACAGUCUCUUUCUCUAUUCGUUGCUUCAUGGAUCAGUGAGCUAGCUCAACAUGAUGAUGUGACGGCUACUUGCUGUGGGCCAAUAUGUGAGAAUGGUUCAUAGUGAGCAGCACCAACGGGAGAGAGGAACUGUGUGGAAACACAUCCAGAGUAGACACGGAAAGACAGAAGGCUUGUUUCUAAAGCGUGUGUCAUGUUCUUGAGGGAUUAGAUUAGAUGAAGACCAACAUUGAGGUUUGCUCAGCAUGUAGGGCUUUAAAAACAAACAUUCAACAAGUGUCAAAAGUAACAUUUAAAAGUAGUUUUGCCCAAAAUGUCUUCAUGUCACCCUUAUUUAGUUUCAAACCCAUAAGAUUUCUCCGGUGGAACACAAAUGAAGUUUUUCUCCAUAUAGUUAGCUGACAGAUAUUAGGUCCUUGUGUUUAUCAUUUCCAUACAGUAAGUGCUAUAUAUAAAGUCCACGCAACAGCUUUGUGUGAGAAAAAGACUGAAAAACUUUUAAUUAAAAAAUAAUAAUAAUUUCGAGGUGGACUUUCAAUGACAUAUUUAGUGUGUUCACACAAAACUAUUUUAUGGCUCACACAUAUUUGUGUUAGCUCACCUGUCAUGAUGUUUUAUGGAGUCAUAUGCGCUCGGACAAGCACAAUAUUGAGACAUUGUUUUUCAUUUGUUGAAUUGUUCGAUUGAACACUGUUAAAAAAGUAAAAAACUGGGGUGGUUUCCUUUUUCUACAUUUACAGAUACAAAAGUAAAAGUUGUACCUUUUUAGAAAAGGUAUAGUUUCGUACUUAUGUGAGUGGCAAAAUGUCUAGUCUUUUUAAACUUGUAUUGUACCUGUUUUUCUACGUGACUAGUUUACUGCGUUUGUAAUAUAUUGUAUUUAAUACUGUUGUUUGCUUGCAACUUAACCACAAAAUCAAGCCUUUUUCAUAAUUAUAAUAAUAAUUUUCAUAUGCAGCACAAUAGC